AUGGCGGAGAGUGAACUUGCUCCCAAGUUUGCCCCCUUUAUCGGGAUGGCAGGCAUAGCUUCAGCCAUAAUCUUCGGAUGUACGUUUGAAAUCGUCGAAACUGUGGAAAUCCCGCAUGUUGACAUAUUGCCCUUAUAUAGGUGUCGGAGCUGCUCACUGAUACCCGUUGUCAUGGCCGGUAUCAUCGCCGUUUACGGGCUUGUCGUUGCCGUUUUGAUAGCUGGAGACCUGGGACCACCACCGGAGACACAGUACAGUUUAUAUGCUGGGUGUUUGCAUCUUGCAGCAGGACUUUCGGUCGGUCUUGCAGGCCUUGCUGCCGGCUACACCAUUGGAAUAGUUGGCGAAGCUGGAACGCGCGCCUACAUGCAGCAAUCCAAAGUCUUUGUAGGUAUGGUGUUGAUAUUGAUUUUCGGCGAAGUCCUGGGUCUAUACGGGUUGAUUGUUGGUUUGAUUCUAAACUCCAAGAGCUCUGCUUAA